AGGAGGUUGCUUCACAGAUGUCCAAUAGCCGCACUUUGAGGCACAGUGCCUCACAAUUGUAAUUGUCGGACCAUGAGAUGAGGGUGAGGUAUUCGCAUUACACGCCCGAAAAGCUUUUCCUUGCAGGUCUUGUUUUCUCUUCAUGCUCUUUCGUUCAACGCCCCCAUCAGCAAUUCCCCUCGCUGUUCUUUCCUCUCUCCAAGUUCUAACAAAUCCGCCUCGUAAUUUUCCUCACUUCUAUCCAAUUUUCAACCUUUUCCACCCCUCGGAUCCACUCCUCUUCCACGUCCACUACACCCCACAACAAUUCAACCAACCCACUCUGUAAACUAUCUCUUACGAUCUUCGGCCUUCUCUCGCUUUGGAUUCGAAUGCACCUUUCUGAGCAUCCGUUUUAGCUGAAUAAUGGCGAGCCAGGUGGUCAAAGUGGGGAGGGAGAAGCUGGAAGCGUGCAUGACAUGCCCUCUUUGUCAUAAACUGUUGAAGGAUGCUACUACCAUCUCUCUCUGCCUUCAUACGUUCUGCAGGAAAUGCAUAUACGAGAGAUUCUCAGAUGAGGAAGCAGAUUGCUGUCCAGUAUGCAAUAUUGACUUGGGCUGUCUUCCGGUGGAAAAACUGAGGCCAGAUCACAAUUUGCAAGAUAUUAGAGCCAAAAUAUUCCCUUUGAGACGAAGAAAGGUUAAGGCGCCAGAGGCAUUACCUUCAGUACCUUUGCCAGUAAAAAGGAAGGAAAGAUCACUUUCAUCAUUGGUGAUUUCUGCUCCUAAAGUUUCAAUGCAGACUGGCUUCACAGGAAAGAGAACAAAAACUGGUACAAGAAAGGCUGCUGCUUUACGCGGAUGCAAUUUUGCUGUUCAUGAAUCCAUAAAGAAGGAAGAAGUCUAUACCGAGGAUAACCCUGAUUCUUCCACAGCUGAGCCUUCUAAGAAGAAUAGGCCAAACGAAGAUGCAGAGAACAAUGUGGACCUUCCAGAAGGGAAAGUUGAUCUCUGGACGCCCUUGAACUGUCUUGUUGAAGCUGCCAACAGAACAAAAUCCUCAAAGUUAACUUCACAAGGCCUGUCUCUUGCCAAAUCAGAGCCUCCAGCUACUCCCAAUGGUGGACUAAGCGUGCCUGAAAUUACAGGCAAAUCAGAACCCUCUGCUUCUGUCCCUAGUGAAUUACGUAUGUCUAAAACCAAAAACAAGGAUAACGGACAUAAAACAAAAUUUGGAGAUGAGAAGGAUGAAAAUGUUGUGCCUCCAGGACAAGUGAGGCGGAGAAGGGUGCGUUCAGCUGGUCAGAAAAGAGCUGCAGCUCCUGAGAUUUCUGCCUCAGCCCAAGUUAUGCUAGAUGCAGUUCGGGGCAGGGGUAACAGAGAAAACUGUCCUAUUUGGUUUUCAUUGGUUGCUUCAGAAGACCAGAAAGGAGAUAUUCCCUUGCCACAGAUUUCAGCAUGCUACCUGAGAAUAAAGGAUGGUACUGUGCCGGUCUCGUAUAUUCAAAAGUACCUUGUUAAGAAACUUAAUCUUGCCAGCGAAGCAGAGGUGGAAAUAAUGUGCCGCGGUCGACCGGUGAUGCCAUCUUUGCAACUGCAUAACUUAGUUGAUCUCUGGUUCAGGACUGCCUCAUCCUCUAAAAAGAUUCCUGCUUCUGUUGGCUCCUCCGCCAAGGACUUCGUUAUGGUUUUAUCAUAUUGUCGGAAGGCCCUCCCUCUUUAGACAUUUUCUGUUCUUCUACCUCAAUUUUGCUCUAUCUUACGUUUUGUUUUUUUCUUCUCACCCAUUGAAGUCUUCUCCAAGAUAAUGAAAAUAGGAAUCAUAAGAACGUAUCGGCGCAUUUGCUGUUCCUAUGCCAUUGUUUGCCAAAGAAAUGCUUCUCUUUCGAGUUGUCACUGUUCAAAUCACAUCAUAAACUUGGGAUACUCCCACACUCAUUUCUUUCGAAUUUUUUUCAUUUGGAAUUUUU